CUCAUCGUUUCUAACUGAUGCUGCCCGACCUGCUGAGUUCAUCCAGCGUACUGAAAGCGUUGCUUUGAUCACAGCAUCUACAGAUUAUUUUGUGUUUAACAUUAACAUACAGUGUUCUGUGGCUGAUAAUUGAGUCCCACUCAGGAGCAAUUUGAAAUAUGCCUUGAGGAGAUUUGGCUGUAGAAAACACUUCCAUUUUGUUUGUCCCCUGCCCACUAGAAUCGGAAUGCUGGAAGAUGUUCUCACCCUCCAUGCUAAUUGUCGUUUGUAGAGCUUGUUCAAGAAGUACACAACUACAGCAUUGUACCUUUUCAGGAGUUGUUUGCGGUAGUUGGCGGGACAAGAUGUGCAGUAAGGAGUUCAGUGGAACUGCAGUUGUGAGUCAGAGUACCAAUGCCCUCGAACAGAAAAGCACAGAAAAUAGUGGAUACGGCCCAGUCCGUCACAGUGCAGAGAGCUUUCAAGUUUCUGUGAACGGAUGGUCAUGGAAAGUCCUGAGGAGCUGGUGAACCAGCGGGCCUGCUUGGAGACUAUUCACUUGCUUACCACUUCGCCAGGACAGAGUUUGGGAAUUGAAAUCAAGUCGAAUAAUGGGCUGCAUUUUAUCACGGGGACUGCACUAAAUUCACCAGCUCAACGUUCGCAGAAGAUUCGGCCAGGAGAUGAGGUGGUCCAGGUGAAUGACACGGUCGUGGUUGGAUGGACUUUGAAGAACCUGGUUGCCAAACUGCGAGAGAAUCCAAGCCAAGUGGUUCUUGUCAUGAAAAAGCUGCCCCUUGAAAUCUUACCAUCUGUUUGUGCUUCCGAGAUUAUGUCUCCACACACACCCCAGCAAUCACAGUUACCAGAAAGUCUAUUAGAGGAAGAAGCACCAUGUCCAGAUCCCAGUGUACUCCCUGAUAAAUGUGUGCAUUAUUCUCAGAGAGAGGAUAAGAUGGGGGUCCAGCAGGUUGCACAGGAUGACUUCAGUGCUUCUGAAACCAACACACUCCACAUGAAUGAGUUUCAGUCUGUGCAGACUGACUCUGGCCCCAAAACUGAGUCUGUGAUUGAAGCUGGAGAAGGAGAUUGCUUGCAGCCAGAAAUGACCCACAACAAGGAUGAGCACAUGGAGGUAGCAAGUCAAAUAUCUGAUGAAAAAGAGCAGUUUGUUUCUGGUGAUCCACCAGCUUCCCCGUCUCCAGGGAUGACAGAUCCUCAUAAAGUUGAGGAUAGAAUGAAAUACGAUCGCAAGCAAGAAGCAAUGGCAACAUCACCAUUAGCAGAUGAUGCGAGAUCAGUCCAAUUACGCAACAGAAGGAAGAAAAAGGGGGUAGCAACUGCACUGAGCCGUAGACGGAUCUCUUGCAGGGACCUUGGUCUGGGCGAAUGCUAUGGCUGGCUUUGGAGAAAGAAGGAGCACACGAGGUUCAUGAGCCAGAAGUGGAAGCGCUGCUGGUUUAUCCUGAAGGGCCACACCCUGUACUGGUACAACAGUGAAAACGAUGAGAAAGCUGAAGGAUUGAUCAAAUUGUCAUCAUACUCUGUGGAGGCAGCUGGAGAACACAAGAGGAAAUUCGUGUUCCAGCUUUAUCACAGGAAGUUCAAGUCCUUCGUGUUUUCAGCGGAGAACGUAGAUGAAAUGAGCAAGUGGAUUAACAGCCUCAUCGGCGCAAUACAAAAAUACGAAACCGAGAAGAAUCUUGAAAACAAAGAGGAAGACUGCUGGAGUGAGACAGAGACCGAAGAAAGUGAUGACUCUCCAGAAGUGCCUUCUGCUUCCAGAUUGAAACCCUACGCUCAGGCUCAGAGGACCAGAGACAUCUCUCCCACACCGCGACGGUCAGCGGGUAACAAUGGGCAAAGUGGACGUGGCGGAGAUCCUGGCAGUGGGCCAUCUAGCCCCAGCAAGGAGAGAGUACAGAUUUCAGAACCCGUACAAAGUUCUAGUGAUGAACUGGAAGUGUUAAUGAAAGUCUUGGAGCAGGGUGGAGUCUCAUUACUUGGUAAAGAACAAUCUUUUCGAAAAGAUUAUCAUCAGUCAUUCGUCAGACGAAACAAGAAUCCAGUGAUCAACGAGAAAGUGCACAAUCUGCGAGCACUCAAGAGCACGCUAAAGGCCAAAAUUGUAGAUUUGCAAUCUAUCAACAAGAUCUUGGAUGAUCCUAAUUUGACAGCAGCAAAAUUCCGACACUGGAAAGAAGAAAACCAGGAGCUGCUUGCAGACAUCCAGAAGGUUCCACGCCUUGCCAAGAAAGGACCAAAAGCAAAAAGUGAAGAUCUUUCAACUCCUGAAACAGACCUACAACUGGGACCCACAGAGAACCCUUUAUCUUGGUUUGAUACAGGUCAGAUAUUAGCAGAAACUUCAGCUUCCAUUUCACAAGAAGAACUGGAGAACAAAAGAGACAUCUGUUCAGAUAGAACUGUGCAAUUAGGAUCUGGAGAUGCCUGCGAGAAAGAAUUAGAUUCCCCGCAGGACAUGGACAUUGACAAGAUCCAAAGAUGUCUGUAAUCAUUCUGAAACUCUGCAUUCAAGCCACUGAUUGAAUCUCCACCUUGAGUUGGGAACUGUUGAUUCAGAAGACAUUGUCUCCAAAUAGUAAAUCUGUUAAACUCAAGAUUCUACCCGUGCCCCUCGACAAGAAAUAUAAACUGUUUUUAAUAAUAAUUCCUGCAACACAAUUAAUCAAACUGGUUAAACAGUAAUACUACCAAGUGUUUCUGUCACAUAAUUAUUGCAAAGAAUCGAGACAUUUUAGGGACUUACGACAGUAUGACAUCAGACAUGUGGACAAUUAUUCUUUUAAUCCUUGCACGUAAACCAAGAUUCAUCACUCUGUCAUUGUUUUUUUUUCAAACAUCUUUUCCUCCUUAGUGAUUUUAUAUGUGCUGAAUAGUUGUGUCCUGAACAGACUAGAAGAAUACUGCCCUUGUGUACACAUGACUGCUCCAGAGUAUCAAGUGUAAUUGUUGACCUGCAUUCAAACGGUGUCACAUCCCUCAUGAACUUUUCUCUCUGCCUUUUACCCCAUUCUAUAGGUGUUCUGUACUGAAUCAGAAAUCAAAAUUCAACCUUCCCAUGUGCUUCAGUUCUGGAAUGUCUCAACCCCAUCAACAUUCUCUUUCUCUGACAAUACGAGAUGAGCUUAGGUGGUAAACAGUUCAGUCACUGUGUGCCAGUAGUGGGGAAGCAAGUGCUGGGGUGGUGCAUGAGAUGCUUAUGUAGCCAGCUGCUUUGUCCUUGAUGGAAUCAGGCUGAAGCUGAACUCAUUCAAUCAAAUGGAGAACAUUCCAUUCACUCCUUUCUUGCACCUUGUAGAUGGUGGAAAGACCUUAACUGAGUCACUUGCCUCAGGAUACUUAGCCUCUGACCUACUCACUUGGCAUCUAUAUUCAUCCGGCUGGACCAGAUGAGUUUCUGGUCAUUGACAAUUAGGACGUUAAUGGUGAAGAACUUGGCAAUGGUUAUGCCACAGCAUGUCAAGACUAGAUGUUUAAUCUUUCUCUGUUGGAGAUGAUCAUUGGCUGAUUCUUCUGUGACAUGAUUUUUGCAUGCAUGUGCUUGAAUAUCGUUCAGGUCUUGCCUCCUGUCGGCAUGGGCUGCUUCAUUGGUUGAGAUGUGAAGGGAAAUGAAACAUUGUGCACUCACUCAUGAACAUCACAAUUUCAGACCUUACAGUGCAAGGAAGGCCAUUGAUGAAGCAGGUCCAGGGUACUGCCCUGAGGAACGAUCUUGAUGCCUGACUCCAACCUGAUCUGUCCAUCCCUGUUCCAAUAAUGUGUGCUUGACAAACAAAGACAUUAUAAGUUAUUGUUUAAGCCUUGCCGUUACUUAGACCCUUAAACAGAAUGCCAGAGGAGACAAUAUCUUGGAAACAUGGAAUGGAAUUACAAUCAAGUUCAGAGGGAGGAAAUUUUCUUACUCCUUCCCUUAAAAUUAUGAAUUUAUGUUAUCAACAGAGUAGCCAUUUUGAGAGGAGAUGUUCAACCCCUGGGGAAGGUCCAGAAGAGUUUCACAGGAAUAAUCCUAUGAGGAAUGUUUGUUGUCUUUGUGUUGAUAGCAUUCAGAAGGAUGAGAGGGGGAACCAAACAGAUACUGAAAGGCUGGAUUGAGUGGACAUGGAAGGGAUAUUUCCAUCAGUUGGAGAGUCUAGCAUCUGAGGGCACAACUUUAGAAUAAGGGGGCAUCCCUUAAAACUGAGAUGAGCAGGAAAUUCCUCAGCCAGAGGGAAAAAAUCUGUAGAAUUCAUUGCCAUAGAGGGCUGUGGAGACCAAGUCAUUGGAUGUAUUUAAGGCAGAGAUCAAUAAGUUCUUGAUUGGUGAGGGCAUUAAAGGUUACAGGGAGAGGGCAGGAGAAUGAGGUCCAAAAAAAAAGUCAGUCAGGAUUGAAUGGUGGAGCCCACUCAAUGGGCUGAAUAGCCUAACUCUUAUUGCCUUGAGAUCUUCUGGCAUUUUCCUUAUCUCCUUAGCAGUUGUCUUCAUGGAGCUUUAUUUUUCAUCUAGAUUUUAAAAUAAUGUGAUUGAUAUUGACUGAGUUUGGGGCAUUCCUUUUAUACCUAUUGGCAACUAAAUAUUUGCUCAUGCAGCUUACCUGUGUAGUAUACCCAAAUUAAAUGUUCAUAGGUUUUACAGUAAUCAAAUGCCAUUUUCCUAACACAUACUGCUGAAGAGUCUAAGAUGGGCAACAGCUUAAAACUUUAAAAACUUUUGUUCACCAAUCUCAGAAAAAAUAUUGCUAACUUUUUUCCUCUUUUGUUAAGACUGCUGAAGCUUCAGAUCACACAUAAGCAAUUCUAUUAUAAGAUAAAUUAGAUCAGUUGUAAAACCCCCAAUAGAUUUGUGUUUUGGAAAAAUUGAUUUGUAUUUCAGAAUUGGUAUUUGAUGUUUUUAUCUCUGGAUGUCUCAGAGUUUAAGAGAAAUUGUUUCUGAAUGUUCCUAUAAGUGUCAAGCUUUCAAACACUGAGGUUUCUUCCCUCCUUGAUGCAAGGUUAUGACUAUGUAACUAAGCUAUUACCUUUGAAUAUUCACUACAAUGACCAGCCUGCACAUGUCAUUUGAGUACAACAGAGACAACAGAGAAAAUAGUAACCAAACCUGUUCCUAUAUUUACUGGGACUUCCAGGACAGAUUUGAAUUGUAAUUACAAGCAGAACUGCACUGUUUUCCUUCCUCAAUCCAAGGUUGCCAAAGCCAACAAAAACAUUGGAAUUGUGUAAGUGAGGGAGAGUUGCGCAGCAUCAGCCUCACUCUCUCUUCCCAAUUCCCAUCUGGAUCCAGUGGCAAGACAGAGUCAAGAUGGCUGGAGAUGGGACUAGGCGCAGUGGAUGACCAGGACGUCUUCUGUGUCUUGUCGUGCUCUACACGUUCCACGACGUUUGCAGAGACCGCCUUCUUGACUGUUGGACCAACGGUCUCGUCUGCUCAAUCUGCUGGAGUCUGUCUUCACAUGCUGGGAGAGACAACUCCCUAUCUCACUGAGGGUUUGAGACCCGUCGGCUACCCUGACCUGGUUUAGUCGGCUUGUGGAAUCCAUUGCCCGGGGUGUGGCCACUGUUGCAUGCGAACAUUGGAAUACUACAGUAGCUGAGCCUAACAGCUCAGUUUGGAGAUCAAACCCAGACUGUUCUUCAUCUACAUGACUCUGAGAUGGAGAUCACUUCUCAGCUGCUCCUGUUUUCUUUAGCCUUAGUAAUAGCUGUACUUGAUUUCCAGAUCUUAAAACAUGGAAAAAAGAAUUUUUUUAGUAUAACAUCCUUAUAACAACCAUAAGGGGAAAAGUUUGCUUAAUUUGUUACUCAGGUAACUGGUAUCAGGGUUGCAAAAGAACCGAAUUGAAGGCAAAGUAAAAGAAGUUUAAGGAAUUUAUAAUUUGAUCACUUGCCUCGCACCAAGUAGGAAAAUAUCGACCAGUAGAAGGCCAUCACAGUUUUGAUGGAGAAAUAAAGAGCUGUGUGGUGGGAGCAGAAGUUCUAAGACAGGGUAAGGCAUAGAAUUUGUAUUUGAAAAUGAUAAUAUGAAAAGGCUGAAUUGAUAUCGUAUAGUGAUUUGAAGAGGAGAGAAUGAUUUCUCGUGUACAUCACAGAGAGGAUUAAGGUGCAAGGGACACAGAGUUUGCAGUUAGCUGAGACUUGAGAAAAGUAGUGGAGAGAAUAUAUAUAGGGAGUUAAAUAUUGAAGAUGAAUUGUUACUUCCAAGUGACAUGGUGUUAAAUGGGUAUGUGUAGGAGUCAGAAAAUGACUUGUAAUGUACUGGAAGUACAGAUUUCAGCUCAGGAUCAGACAGGACAAUAAAAUUCUGAGUCAUACAUGAGGCAGGCAGGAAAACAGAUGGAGUUAAAAAAUGUAGGAUCUAUCAAUGAACCCAAAGCUUAUUUGUAAGAAAUAAGUACACAGUAUUGUUUGAAAAAAAUGAUGGGGAGAUUCAUUUGGCUCUGACUCAGACAGCUGUCAGUAAAUAUUAGACACUAUUAUUCUGGAUCCACUUAAUAGCGUUCAUAUUCUCAUAGAGGUUUACUCUGAACAUAUCCACUAUCCUUAAGGAAACAUGAAGUGCUGAUAUACCUGUACAUCUUGCUCUUGCUGCCACUGUACAAUUUAAAAUUGGUGUGAUUUGUAAGCUUUUUGUGUGGUAAGUGGGAGGGUUGGGGUUUGAUGUUUUCACAGUUCACCAGUUUGUUUUUCUGCAUGCAGGGUUUGGGGGUGGAGUUGAUGCUCUUGUUGUCAUUGCAAUUUAAAUUUGGGGCGAUUUGUAAGUUUUUUUUGUGCAGGGGAGGGGUUUGAAUAACUUCCAUGUUUCUUGGUUUUGUGACUAUCUAGAGAAGGCGAAUCCGAGUUGUAUACUGCAUACAUACUUUGAUAAUAAAUGAACCUUGGAACCUUUUUUUUUUAACUUUGAUCUUUACUGGUUCAUUACUACCUCAUGAGAGUCUGGUUUGUGAACCUAAGUGGAGUAUUCAUAAUGAGAUGGGAGAAUCUAAGCAAGUUUGCUUCUCAUCUGAUAGAUUCAAAGUUCCAAGUACAUUUAUUAUCAAAGCACGAAUGCAGUAUACAACCCUGAAAUUCGUCUUCCCCACAGACACUUAUGAAACAAAGAAGCAUGCAACCUACCCGACCAAAUAUCAAAUCCUCCCAAUCCCCCACACACAAAAAAAUCACACAAACGGCAACGAAAUAAAAGUUUGAAAACAGAAUAUAAAACACAAAAGGCAUACCUCAGUGCAGUUCAGUUCAAUUCAGCUCAGCUCAGUGUUCAUUAUCUGCAGGCUGCCCAAUUCAAAAUUUGCUCAAAAGUAGUAACAAAAAAAAGAGCAACCAGAACGCAAUGAUAAAACCCUGAGGACACCAGACGUAAUGGUACCAGCUAUUUCUGGAUAUUCUCUAGUUGUAACAGGAUAGACAAAAAUGCAGUAUUACCCAACUAGACGGUGGAGGAGCAUUGGAGGAGAACAUUGCAGCCAUUAGCUUUAGAUAAUCAAAGGACAAGUAAGGAGAUAUUUUACCAUUUUCAAUAUCACACAAUAAUGUUUGCUAAGAUCCCUUUCCAACAGUAGAAAUAAGAUUGGAUGGUCUGCUUCAACAAGAAAGGACUAUAGCUUGUAAGAAAGGUCAGAUCAUAUUUUAUUAACUCAAUAAAGGAGAUAAAAACAAAAAAUAUCAGAUAACGUGAAAAAUGGGAAAGGAAGUUGCAUCCUCAGCAUUUCAGUGGGAAUAUUGUUUAGGAAAUGAGUCUCUGAGGGUAUGAAGGUAGAAGAAAAACUAAAGGAAGAUGUGUUUGGGGAAGAGCUCAAGGAACCUUUGAAUUUUGAUUGAAUGGUCUAGGAGAGCAAGGGGAAGGGAACACCGGUUGAUUUGGAUCUUAAGUGUUUAUGAUGCUCCUGAGAGUGAAGGAUAUAUGGGAGAGGAUGUUAUGAAGACAGUUUGCAGUGGAAUAAAGAAGAUGGGGUUUUUCAGUCUCUUGGUCUGCUGGUCAGUUCUGGCAGAUGAGAGCAGGGCAUAUAAAGAUGACACGGUAGGCACUUUUUAGCUGAUUCUAAUAGAGCUAUUUAUGUGAAACAUAAUUGUUUUGAUUUGAAUGGUGCUACAAGUUAAUGAUAAAAUUGUCAUUUGCAAACAUUGCAUCCUCUUCAGAAACUGACACCCCCGCUGAUUCAAUAUAAUGCUGCUGGGCCAGGAGCUGUGACUUCUUCAGCUAAUUGUUCCAUGUGAACUCAAUCAAUACUGGUGUUUGGAUGAGAGGUGUGACCACUCGGUAUUAAGAUGUUGGGUUCAAGACUGCAGUCUGGCUGCGACUAUUGAUGAGCCAUUGUUGGGUAGUGGCAACAACCGGCCCACUUAUUCACAGAUUUCUUGAAAUCUAUGAUCUCCCUCAAAACCUCCAGUUAAAUGUGACAGAAUUUACUGUCUCCUCCUUUUUUAGUCCUUGGCAGCAUGGUCCUUCCCAACUGGGAAAUUUCUCUAUGGUAACAAGCAAAUGGAGAGAGAGAAGGACAGGUAACUCAAAACAACAGCAAGUAUGUUGAAUUGAAAUAAUUUAAAAUACCAAGAAUGAAAAAAAUUGCUUAAUGAAGAGGCUGGGAAAAAUAUUUAUGGUGUAUGUUUGGCCAAAAGAGAAAAGUAAUGAUUUCUUUGGUAUUUAUGCUCUAGGUGUUGUGCUUGUUUAAUUUUAGAGUAUUAAAAAAGAAAUAACGCUGAAGGUUGACAUCUUGGAGUUGGAGAAUGUUACUUGACUCAGCGUGUAAAAUUCAACCAUGGAAUCAGACUAUGGCUUGAAAUGAAGAACCAAUUAUUUAUUUCCAUCCACAGCUGAUUAUCAAGACUAUAUGAUUCCUGCUUCUGCACUUUAGACCUGUUCAGUUAUAAAAUAAUCUUCCCCUGAGACAACUGCGGAUCAUGAUGAAGAUUAUUAAAGGAACUGAUCUAAAGUGCAGAAGCAGGAAAGGAAUCACAUGGUCUUGAUAGUCAGAGAAAUCCACGAAUUAAAAUCUAACUCAGAAAAGAUCACCUCAUCAAAUAGAACAUAGAACAGUACAGCACAGAAACAGGCCCUUUGGUCCACAGUGUUGCUGAACCAAAUAAAUUAGUAAUCAAAUGACUAACUAAUCUCUUCUGCCAACACAAUGUCCAUAUCCUUCCCUUCCUGGUUUAAGAUGGCACUACCGAAGAUUUGCGACAGGUUACUGGUAAAUCAUAAGGCAAGAGAUUCGACCAAAGACAUUAGUUAUAGCAUCUUUUGUGAUGCAAAUUGUGGCGAACUAUCCUGCAGACAGUGAGGAGGCAGGCAGAGGCGAGGCUGGUUCAGGGGAUGAGCUGUGCUGGGGCAUUGUGAAGCGCAACGUGUUCCGAGCCGCAGACAGAGGUGGAGUUUGUAUCGCUGCUGGAGAUGGAGUGAGCGAUUUAGAGAGGAGUUGAUGCGGAAGAGUUUCGAUGCCCAUCCAUCUAACCCAGGUGCAAGGUUGGAUCGCUCCAAACACUGAGCCGAUUUGAUGAGAUUGAGAACGACUUCAGGUGGGGCGGCCCAGGUGUAUCAGGGCACCUGGGCCUGGGCCCUGGAAUAUGGCAUAAGUUAAACACCAGCACAGAUAGACUGGAAGCUCGAGUGCUGGGUACAGAGGUGAGGGUUGGGCUGAUUUUGCUCGCUCUCCCGCAAAUGUUCAUUCCUUUCUCCGCAGCGCUGAGCUGUGAACUGAUCGGUUGCUGUGCGUUGCUGCCCCGCUGUUGUGAAAACUGGUGACCGGGGUUUGGCUUGGGCCUACUCCAGCUGCUUCAGGAACAGAUCUGGGACUCAGUCUGGUUCAGGAUACUGUUGCUUUGCUUCUGUCAUUUGCACAACGUGUGAUUUUCUUUUCCCCCCUCUUUCUCUGCUCAGUGGUUUCUAGUUAUUCGAGUUUCUAGUUUUGGGGCUGCCCAUAAGCAGACAAAUUUCAAGGUGUAUAACUUAUACAUUCUUUGAUAAUAAAUGUGCUUUGAAUCUUUUCCUCACAUCUAUGUGCCUAUCUAAAUGUCUCUGAAAAGUCUCUCAUGUAUCUGCCCUACAACAACCCCAGGCAGUGCAUUCCAGGCACCUGUGUGAUUAAAAAAAACUAACCCCCUCACAUGUCCUUUGAAAUUACCCCCUCUCACCUCCCUCUGGUAUUAGAUAUUUCAACCCUUGAGAAAAGAUAUUGUCCGUCUACUCUAUCUGUGCCUCUCAUAACCUUAUUGAUCUAUAUCAGGUCUCCCUUCUGCCUCUGUCACUCCAGAGAAAACAACCCAAGUUUGCCUAACCUCCUGUUAUAGCACAUACCCCCUGUAUCCAGGCAACAUCCUGGGAAACUUCUUCUGCACCCUCUCCAAAGCCUUCACAUCCUUCCUAUAAUAGGGUGACCAAAAUUGUAUGCAAUACUCCAGAUGUGGCCUAACUAUUUUAUAAAGCGGCCACAUAUGACCUGACUUGGUCCAACCAAGCAGAGUCCGCUGCCGAGAAGGCCCACCAGCACCUUUACUUCCUGAGAAAACUAAAGAAAUUUGGCCUGUCCACUAAAACCCUCACUAAUUUAUAUAGAUGCACCGUAGAAAGCAUUCUUCUAGGGUGCAUCACAACCUGGUGUGGAAGUUGUCCUGUCCAAGACCAGAAGAAGCUGCAGAAGAUCAUGAACACGGCGCAGCACAUCACACAAACCAAUCUUCCGUCCUUGGACUCACUUUACACCGCACACUGUCGGAGCAGUGCUGCCAGGAUAAUCAAGGACACAACCCACCCAGCCAACACACUUUUCGUCCCUCUUCCCUCCGGGAGAAGGCUCAGGAGCUUGAAGACUCGUACGGCCAGAUUUGGGAACAGCUUCUUUCCAACUGUGAUAAGAGUGCUGAACGGAUCCUGACCCGGAUCUGGGCCAUACCCUCCAAAUAUCCGGACCUGCCUCUCGGUUUUUUUGCACUACCUUACUUUCCAUUUUUCUAUUUUCUAUUUAUGAUUUAUAAUUUAAAUUUUUAAUACUUGCUAUCGAUUUGUAAUCAAGGGAGCAGG